AAUAUGUUCUUCAUACACUUUGAUUCUAUAGUGGUAUCAGAGCCAAAAACCUCUAACGAGUCUCCUCUGUCUUACCAAUGGCCAAAACCUCUGGAACUUGCGAUAGCACCUCCUCUUCUGGUGCGAAUUCUCCAACCCAUACUCCUAAUACCAGCAACCCGAACUCUGCAGCCAUAGACCUCAACCAUGCUGCUCGAGGACCCAUAUCCUUCAACUCCACUGCGUUUCCUCUUAAGCUACCCCCCACCAAUUAUCCCUCAUGGAAGAUGCAAUUCACGUGUCUUAUUGCAGGUUAUGACUUACUUGGCUUUCUGGAUGGCUCAAAUCUGUGUCCUGUGGCUACGGAACCCACCUAUGCUCCCUGGGCUUGGCAAGAUCAACUCUUACGCCAUGCACUCAUUACUUCGAUUUCAGAGAACAUCACACCCUACAUUGCUGCGGCACCCACUGCUCAACAUGCUUGGGAAACGCUAGCCAACCUCUAUGCAAACCGAUCGCGUGCUCGAGUGAUCACACUAAAGGAGCGACUUCAAAACAUGCACCGUGAUGGAAGAUCUGUCUCUGAAUAUCUCUGCACUCUAAAAGCGGUGGCAGACGAAUUAGGUAUGAUUGAUCGACCCCUUUCUGAUGAUGAUUUAAUAGUUUAUAUUUUGAAUGGCCUAGGUCCAGAAUUUCGAGAGAUUGCAACAUCUCUUCGAACGCGAGACACCUCUCUGUCUUUUGAUGAUCUCCAUGAUCGAUUGGUGGCUCAUGAAGAAAGUCUCCGACGGGAAGAUACUAAACUGGAAUCCACUCCUCUCACUGCCCACCUUGCUAGAGCAGCCACAACACCCUCUUCCUCCGUCGUGAACUCUGCUGGACUGUUGCCCACACCUCACCAAGGUCGGUUCUUCCCUCCACCACAUCGGAACUAUCGAGGACCCCUGUCCUCCAACAGAACCUUCUUCGGGAAUCAACGGCGUGGAUCUUUUGGCCUGCCCAACAAUCGGCCUACUGCUCAAGCCUGUCAAUUGUGCCACAAUUCAGGCCAUUUUGCCCACAAUUGUCCGUUUUACCAGGUUCAACAACACCCUCCGCAUGCCAACUUUGCAUCCUCUCCCAACAUUGCUUCUGAGGAUUGGCUCAUCGACUCUGGUGCAACUCACCAUCCAGCUCCCAUUGACAUGGUCUGCCACCGCCCAGCUGUUGGUCACUCAAUGUUGCCUCCUUGUGCUCCAGUUCCCCAUCAUGCGGUAGUCCCUGUGUCCACCAAAUCAGCCGAUCCUCACUCACCAGUCACUCCGUCGGCUCCUACCUCCACACCUCGUUCUCCCACUCAAAGCCCCUGUCCAACCUCCACCCCUACCGUCACCCCCAUCAUAGCUGAAUUGGACUCCUCUCCUCCUACAUCCACCAACCACGCUCCUUCUCACAACCUCUCACCACCAUCGCCUCCCUUGCCUAUACGGACUCAUCCCAUGGUCACCCACUCUCAAAACAACAUCUUUAAACCAAAGACCUUACAUCAUGCAACCAUGGCCUCCCCACUCCCUUCACCUAAACCCACGUGGACGUGGGAGCUGGUACCCUCUCACCCGGAUCAACAUGUUCUUGGCUGCAAGUGGAUCUUUCGGAUAAAACGGGGUAAAGAUGGGUCCAUUACACGCUACAAAGCACGUUUAGUUGCCAAGGGGUUUCAUCAACGGCCAGGUUCGGAUUAUCUCAACACCUUCAGUCCUGUUAUUAAACCCACUACAAUCCGGACUGUUCUCUCUCUUGCAGUUAGUCGCCGAUGGCCUCUUAAGCAAUUGGAUGUGAAUAAUGCCUUUUUACAUGGUGAACUUGAUGAAGAGCUCUAUAUGCAGCAACCUGCCGGCUUUAUUGAUCAGACUCAUCCCUCACAUGUUUGCUGGCUUCGCAAAUCGAUUUAUGGCUUAAAACAAGCCCCCCGAGCUUGGUUUCGAGCUCUCAAGGCAUUCCUUCUUUCGCAGGGGUUCUUCAACUCCAAAUCAGAUUCUUCCUUGUUCAUCUAUAACAAGGGGUCUAUUGUGAUUUUUUUUCUAGUCUACGUGGAUGAUAUCAUUGUUACUGGCAACAAUAUUUCCUUCAUUACCUCUUUAAUCCAGACUAUGGAACAUCGCUUCUCUCUCAAAGAGCCUAGCGACCUCAGUUACUUUCUUGGCAUCGAGGCUGUGUCGGUUAAUGACGGUCUUUUUCUUUCACAGCAUCGCUAUAUUCAGGACCUAUUACAAAAAUCGGGUAUGACUGAGGCUAAACCCAUGGCUACUCCGCUAGCUUCCACUUCCAAUUUGCUUCUCCACACCGGCAUCACUCUUCCAAAUGGUUCAGACUACAGAAAGCUUGUCGGUUCUCUUCAGUAUCUUUCUCUCACACGGCUUGACAUUUCCUUUGCUGUUAGUCGACUCUCACAGUUCAUGCACAAACCCACUGAUGUUCACUGGCAAGCUCUUAAGCGAGUUCUACACUAUCUUCGUGGCACUGCCUCUCAUGGGAUCCUUCUCCGGCCACAACAGUCCCUCUCACUUCACGCCUUUUCUGAUGCAGACUGGGCUGGGGACCGUGACACUUGUCUCUCCACAACCGGCUACAUUGUUUUCCUUGGUGGGAAUCCCAUUUCAUGGAGAGCGGCCAAACAGCGUGCUGUUGCUCGCAGCUCCACCGAAGCAGAGAUGAAGCACAUUGCCAUCGAUCUCCAUUUUGUGCGUGAGUUGGUUGACAAAAAGAUUAUGCGCGUCUCCCACAUUGCCUCCAACGACCAACUUGCUGAUGGGUUCACCAAGCCUCUUCCUUCUACCAAGUUUAUCUGUUUACGGGACAAGAUUGGCAUUGCUGAUGGCACCUCCAUCUUGCGGGGGCGUGUUAAAGAAACCAAAUCUGUAUCAUAGCAUAUUAAUAUUCUGUUUAAGCUCACAUUCUUUCUCUGUAUAAUAUCCAAGAUUGUGAUUCACUUGCCUUAUGUGGUAGGGUAAUACACAGGCACUACAAGC